GACAAAAAAGUAGGUAAAUGCCCGGAAACCUCCAAAAUGGUUCACUCCACGUUCAGCACCAGUUAUAGCCCUUCAAUUUGUCAAUACGUGUCACAGCAUUUGACGAUUGUUCAUAUCUCGUAUAAUUGAUUGUUUUGGGGUAACAUGGUGGAUCAAUUGACGAAAGAGCAGAUUGAAGAAUACAGAGAGGCAUUCGCCAUCUUUGACAAGAACGGCGACGGUAUCAUCACAACCAAGGAACUGGGAGAAGUGAUGACGUCAUUUGGGGAAUUCCCGAAUGAAGGGGAGCUGAGAGAAAUGGUUAACGAGAUCGACGUUGAUGGAAACGGUGAGAUCGAUUUUGCCGACUUUCUUUCCUUGAUGGCCCGACCUAUCACCGAUGUACACACGGAACAAGAAAUCAAAGAGGCUUUUAGAGAAUUUGAUAAGGACGGUGAUGGAUUUAUAAGUGUUACAGAUUUCCGUAACGUGAUGACGACGGUCGCCGAUACCCUGACUGAAGAAGAGCUCGAGGAGAUGAUUGAGGAGGCUGACGCUCACGGCCAAGGUCAGAUCAACUACGAAGAUUUUGCAAAGACUAUCGCAGAAAUGUGAGGAGAUACACUCGGUUACACAUUCAUUACAUUGGAUGGAAAUCCCUCGUUAAUGAUGAUCUAAGAAUGUUCAUCUGGAUGCGAACUCUCAUUAUUGACUGCAUGUGGUACUUAGCGUACCUUUCUUAAAGGACAAGUCCACCCCGACAAAAUAUUGAUUUCAAUAAAAAGAGAAAAGUUUAACAAGCAUAACAUUGAAAAUUUCAUCUAAAUCGGAUGCAAAACAAGAAAGUUAUGACAUUUUAAAGUUUCGCUUAAUUUCACAAAACAGUUAUAUUUACAUCCUGGUCUGUAUGCAAAUGAGGAGACUGAUGACAUCAUCCACUCUCUAUUUCUUUUGUAUUUUAUUAUAUUCUAAUUUUCUCAUUAUUGUCAAGUGAAACAACGAGUAAUUCCUCCCUCAACAUGUGGAAUUAGCAUUGUUUGAUACUAAAUGGGUCCCUCACGUUGAUCCUUAUUGUCAAAUCUGUACAAAAUUAAAUAUUGUAUAAUUCAAACGACAAAAUAAAUAGUGAGGGACAUCAUCGUCUGUCUCAUUUGCAUGACACUGAGUUGUGCAUAUAACUGUUUCGUGAAAAAUAAGCGAAACUUGAAAAUGUUAUAACUUCGUUAUUUUACAUCCGAUUUCGAUGAAAUUUUCAGUGUUAUGCUAGUUUGAUUUUUCCGUAUUUUUUCAAAUUAACAUUCUUCUGGGGUGGACUUGACCUUUAAUAUUGUUCACAUAUCAUAUUAUUUAAACGACAUGCUCAAACCUGUUCAAUUAACUAAUCACAGGUGAAGAUUACUAGUUUAUCGGUUCUAAGUAAUGCAUUUUUAUUUGCUGAAAACCAGGCCUACAUCGAUUUGUUUCUUUUAGCAUGUUUAGUGAACAAUAGGAACUUGUACAUGAAUACAUCGGCAAAGCAGUGCUGAUGCAUGUAGGCAUACUAUCUUAUAACUUGAUACACUCUUAAACAUGUUGGGCAACAUACUGUCCACACAACAUUUGGUUAAAACCUUAUCCAAUUCUGAGUAGUUUUAAACCAAUAAUGUGUGAUUUGGGUAAAAACUGCACAGUAUUGGUUGAAAACUACCCAGAGUUGGAUAUUCCUUUAACCAAUUGUUGCGUGGACAGUAUUUUGCCCAACAUUUUAAGAGUGUGCAGUGUGUUAUAUCGACAUAUUCAAUCCCGGCAAGGAAUAGAACUUUGGGACCACGAUCCAAAACAGGCCAAAGUAUCCAAACAUGACAUGUAAUAUUCAAAAUUUUGAAUGGGUUUUUAUACUGGGUUGGUAAAUUAGUUAAGGUGUCUUUCGGCGAUGCUGAAUAAGAGGCCCAUUUUACCCAGUUCCCAGACACCGAAGUGCCUCCAGAAUCCCGUGAUUAUGCUUUUGUUAACACAUCUGUCAAAUUUGUUUGCAUUGGAAAUAUGACAAUGAAAAUCUGACUUAAGAUUACAAGAGCAAUGAAAGGUGGGGCAAUGUUUAGGUGUAUUUGACCGAAAUAAAACACAUUCCCUAAAAUGGGGUCUCCCAUUGCAAAGGCUUGUUGGAUUCAUGGAUCACCAAGCAGUUUCAAACACGAAUUUAGCGCUCGGGUGCAACCCCAAGGUAUCGAUAAACAGGAUGCCAUCAAAUUUCUCACCGCAUUAAGUACCUGGUUGACAUAACACAGAUAGAGAACGGUUUGUUUGGGGAUCGGUCGUGGAGCCAACGCGAAAAUCAUUAAUGUGGGGCUGGAAUGGCUGAGGGCGUGUUUCCAAUACCUAGGAAGCUUUAGAAAUCAAUAGUUUAUCUUUAAAGGAUGCCGCUGGAGAAAAGCACAAGGACAUUUUUACUCCACUUUUCUUUUUACUUCCACAAGUCACUUAAGCAUGGGCAAAACAAUGUAACAUCUAGCUACUGUACAAACAGAAACCCCCAGAACAUAAUCCUUGAGCACAUUACAAAUGGAAGAGGGUAACAUUUGAGAGGAAGGGAUUUAGAUAAUGCAAUGAUGCAAAUCGAUCAUUCUAACAUGAAUGUGCUACUCCUGAUUCAAAUAGCAUGAAUAUGGUCAUAACAAGAAUGUCAAAUUUCUAUCCAAUUUUUUUUGACGAUAUCGGUUUCUUUCUUAUAUAUGAAUCUUACAACAAAUCUAUUGAGAAUUGUGUACGUAUCAGAGUGUUAAAUGUGCUGGUAAAUUCAGCAAGAACUGAAUACAGUUUUCAAUCAAAUUGACUGAUUGAAUACUUUUAUUUUUCAAGUGUGAUGAUUUGAAACUGCUUGGAGUGUCAUCACCACUGUGGUGAACUUUCACACAUCUAAAAUAUUAAAUAUUAGGACACUCUCUAUAGUAUUGAUAUAAAUUGUAAAUUAUUUGACUGGUAAUAACGGUAAUUUUUCUUCCAUUGGUUCUUGCAUAUUACAAAAUACAUACCUAUGUAUAUAUUUUAUUUAUUAACCGUGCCUUUUACUUCUGGCGUUUAAUUACUGAUUGCUUUUCAUAGCGAGUCCUUCAAUGUUAAAUUCUUGAUCUAGAAAUGCGGUUCACAGAGAGAUUCGUAAAGGUAAAGGAUGUUAGUAAAGUAUAAAACUCACCCAUCGCUACAAUGACAGGUAAUAGUUUUGAAGUUUGAUAGAGGUCUAAUGACAGAAAGUACACUGCAAAAACUUCGGUGUUGAUUAACACCAGCCCGGAAUCUAUAUAUGUCCACACCAGAGAAGUAUUGAAACAAUGCCAGUUUGGAAUCAAACCGAUGGUGUUUUAAUACUAAUUGUUGUAUAAACACCGAUCUGGUGUUAGACCAAAACGAAACUGGUGUUGUUUAACACUUCUCUGAUGUGGACAUAUAUAGAUUCCAGGCUGGUGUUAAAUCAACACCGGAGUUUUUGUAGUGUAUUCGAGAUUUGCAUCAGAGUUGGCACUCAAACACUUUCCAUCACACAUUACUUUUAACAGUUCGGUACACCUUUGAGAACAGAGACAUUGCACUUGAUCAUGUAUGUCUUGUAUAUCAAUUUGUCAUUGAUCACAAUAAGGAACUGAUAGGAAUUAAAUAACUCCGAUAUGACAAUAAGGGCCCUCUUGUUUGAACCAACAAAUGUUAAAACAAUGAUAAUUGCACUUGUUCAGGGAGGAAUAAAACUUUGUUUCAUAUGACAACGAAGAGAGAAUUAGAGUAUUUCAUAUACCAUGUAAUGAAAUACAAAAGAAAUAGUGAGUGGGUGUCAUCAGCCCCCUCAUUUGUAUACCGACAUGGAUGUCAAUAUAACUAUUAAGUGAAAUUAAGCAAAACUUU